AUGCUGCUCUUUUUGUCACUCGUUUCCCUCCUGCUGAGCCAGAGCCUGGCAGCCUUCAUACCCGAAGCUGAACUUGUACAGAUCGACAACCAUGUUGUGCGGCGACAGGUGUCUAGCACCUCGACCAAAGCAGCCACGACUACUACCCAGAAGGCGGACUCGCAGUGCACCAAUGGGCCGCUGACCCGACAAUGCUGGGGCAAUGGAUUUAGCAUUGCGACCAACUAUGACAAUACCUGGCCGAACACGGGCAAGGUGGUCCAGUACCAUUUGGAGGUGACCAACACCACGAUGGCCCUAGACGGUGUUUCACGGCCGGUAUAUGCCAUCAACGGACAGUACCCGGGUCCCACGAUUCGAGCCAGCUGGGGAGACACGCUCCAGAUCACGGUGAAGAACAGCCUGACGACCAACGGGACCAGCAUGCAUUGGCACGGGCUGCGACAAUGGCACUCGAACCACAUGGACGGCACCAACGGAGUGACCGAAUGUCCCCUGGCACCCGGACAGUCGCGGACAUACACGUUCCUGUGCACGCAGUUCGGCACGACAUGGUACCACAGCCACUACUCGGACCAAUACUCCGACGGGGUGGUAGGCACCAUGAUCAUCGACGGGCCGGCGACGUCCAACUACGACGUGGAUCUUGGAACAUACCCGAUCAACGACUGGUACUACCGGCCUGCGUUUGAGUUGGCGCCCUUGAUCCAGAGCGGCGGGUUUCCACGAGGUCCUCCGCCGGGAGACAAUAUUUUGAUCAACGGCACCAACGUCAACAUUAACGGCACGGCCGGCAAGUACGGACGGACCAGCCUGACCAAAGGCAAAAAAUAUCGCUUGCGACUCAUCAACACGUCGACCAACGACAACUUCAAAGUCGGGCUGGACGGCCACAACUUUACGGUCAUCACGGCUGAUUUCGUGCCCAUCGUGCCCUUCACGACCCAAUGGCUGUUUUUGGGCAUUGGGGAGCGGUACGACGUGAUCAUCAACGCCAACCAGCCGGUCGGAAGCUACUGGUUCCACGUCGUCCCUCAGUCCGGCUGCAGCAGCAAUUCAAACACCAACGCCCUAUCCAUCUUCAGCUACGUCGGCGCCAACUCGACCACACCCUCAAACGCCACCAGGACCAACGUUCCACCAGGCGGCCCGGACUGCAGCGACCCGAACAAGAACCUAGUGCCGUACGUCAAGCUCAACGUGCCGGACAACUACACGAUUCCGCAAGAGUCGCAUCUCGACGUCGGUUUCGCCAUCAUCCAAAACCAGGCUCAGCAGACCCUGUUCCAAUGGAACCUCAACUUCACCGCCAUCCAGGUGCCCUGGAACAAGCCGACCUUGCAGUAUGUGCUCGACAGCAACACGACCUACCCGCCAAACAUGAACUUGAUCUCCCUCCCCAACGCCAAUGCCUGGUCCUACUGGGUCAUCCAGGCCGUCGCCACCAUUGCCCCGCCGAUACCGCAUCCGAUCCAUUUGCACGGCCAUGACUUCUAUGUCUUGGGCGCCGACACCGGCAUCUUCAAUAACUCCCAGACCCUGAAUUACAAGAACCCCCCGCGUAGAGACGUCGCAAUGCUCCCGGCCUCGGGAUACCUGGUCAUCGCCUUCAUCACUGAUAAUCCGGGCGCCUGGCUCAUGCACUGCCAUAUCGGUUGGCACGUCGGUCUGGGCCUGGGAGCACAGUUUCUCGAAGAGCCUGAUCAGAUCAGGAGCACUUUGGGCAUCGGUCAGGACUGGAAGCAGGAGUGUGCGCAGUGGAAUUCGUAUGCUUCGACGGCAAUCUAUGCUGAGGUUGACUCUGGGUUGUAG